GUUUCUUACUUGCUCUUUUAUCUUUUAUUAGUAUCAUGUUUUUCGGCGGGUGCAUUUCUUCUUCCAUUCCCGUCCCUCUCUUCAAGUCCAAAUUCUUACAACAACAACAAUCUUGCUUUUUCUCUUUCCUUUUACACAACCUGUUCUGCCCUGUUUCCAUUCUUUCUCGCUACUUCCGCAACGGCAACCUUCCCCAUCAAUCCGGUACCCCCCCCCCCCCCCAAGUGACAGAUACCUACUUACAAGCUGCAUCGAACCACCUAAUUCCAUUCCCAGAGAACGCAAGGCAACAUGAGUCCUCGCCUCGUCAGAUGCGCCAUAUGCGGUUGGUACAUUGUCGGAGAAGCAGGCUCCGCUUCAUGGAUGGGUCAGUUUCGUGGGCUGUGCCACAACAUUGCAGGUGAAGAGAUCUUUCUGACCGGAGUCGGUUACUACUCCGACCCGCACUUCGGAGGCUUCAUCGCCCCUCCGGAUCCCAGCGCUCGGUGGGACGACCCCGGCUAUGAUAACCCACUGGAACAUGAAUUCGGGGUCAUGGCCGAAACCGAGAUUAACGGCAAGCAUGGCUUCGUCAUUCACGAUGCCUGCUGGUCUCUGCUUCAAGACGCAUGCUACCCCGAUCUGGUCCCCUGCACGAGAUUCUUUGACGUUUUGAACUCCGUCCCGAGGGUGUUCGCAAGGAACAUCAUCGACUGGGGUCAUGAUUAUGGGGGCCUAGCUCUCCUCUUUCCGGAGGAUGACUAUUUUCCAUGGGAGUAUUUACGCUUUGCCGACAGGGAUUUUCGUGAUUCGGGGCUCGACGCCGUGUACGACACCAACCCUCUUGCCUCUUCCGAGAUCCAGGAGAUCCUCGCCGACACUCCACAGUCUCCGCCAACCUGGGACCACCCAUCAGAGUCAUCCGCUACUCCCAGAUCGUCCAGUGGUCUGGAUCCAUUCGGCUUGCUUCCCAAGGAGCUAUGCUCUGCUAUAGCUGCGUAUCUGCCGACCCGAGAUGUCUUGAACGCCCGGCUGGCAUCGCGCUCCUUUUGGUUCACAUUUCAUAGUCAGCAAUUUUGGGCGUCUCGUUUUCGGGGUGAAAAUGCGGAGCGCUCAUGGCUGUUCGAAGCCGCGCGGGAUCUCAACACCACUGGCGGCAUCGGGCGCAGAGACUGGCGCUGGCUGUACCAUCGUACAUCCGGUGCCCGCCUGGGAAGGACCGCUCAGAAUCGGAAACGUGUUUGGGCUCUCAUCCGACACGUGAUGGACAUAUUGGAGCUCUCUUGGAACGAGCUGAACCCCGACAUGGAAUCCCUCCGACGAUCUGCUCCCCUGCGACCCCUGUCAGAUGAAGAAUGCUCCGGCCCGCCGUGGGUCUCUGUCGAGGGUAGUAUCCGGGGGGUUAGCGACAAUCUCAGCGGCCUGCAGACGGCCUGUGUGCUUUCAAAGACUCAACGGGUGGCCAUUCGAGUGGAUGCUAUUUCCCAAGUAGCUGCCUCGACAGUUCGCCUGGGUAGCUCGGUAUACAUCGCCGGCUUGUCCCUGGCUGCUACCAAUGGGGAGGUCGUACGCUUGGGCUAUACGGCUGCCGGCAGCCAAAGUUGUUGCGUUCAUCUCUGCGGAGCGUCUCUGACUGGUUUCAACGUGGCCGUCGGCCUUGGCGGUAUCCACGCUCUUCAAUUCGUCAGCGGGCGUGGUACGGCGAGACGGCUAUCUGCCUGGCUUGGGCAUCCUGAUGACGCACCAAGGACUGAACGGCUAAGUGACAUCGUCACGCCAGAUGAGGAGACGAUGGCACUCGAAUUCGGGUUUGACGCCUUCCGAAUGGUCAGCGUUGGGGCUGUGCGGCGUGUUGAAUCUCCCAUGUCGAGUUCCCAUAGAGCCGACGACAGUAGCCUCAGACAUUCGGCGGUUUGGUAUCCUGACGUGCCGUCCCCGACGCUGAACUUGAAUGAAGACUUCCUACUAGCCCCCAGAACAUAUGUGUCGGGAUUUAAGCCGCUGUUUUGGGCCCGGUUUGGUGGCCCUGGCGGGGUUCACUUGAAACAUCUUGUGAAGCUCACCGUCGUUGACCUUGACAUUGGCCGUAUUGAUUUCUCCUUUAACAAUCCAAGUGUGCCAGCUGAAUGCUGGAGGUUUUCACGUAUCGAAGAUCCCAAGAGAAAAAAAGACGAGGAUGAAGACGAAGACGAGGACGAAGAUGAUUCCGAGAUUGUCGAGUUCCCAAUUGACGGGCCUGGGGGUGAAAUGAUCAACAAAGUCGAGGUCGGCCAGCGGCUUCUCCGGGGAAACGUUGAGAACUGGCUGUAUAAGGAGGGACAUUUAACCUGGCUCAAGAUACAUACGAAUCGUGAGCGGGCGUUAGAAGUUGGCUCAAAAUACACAUCGCGGAGAAACAUUAUAGUAGAAAAGGAGUUCAGAGCUGCUCCCGGGACUGCCAUUACUGGUCUUUACGGCAGUCGGUGUCUUAAUCAAGGAUGCAUCCUCAUGUCGCUCGGGGUAUUGACUGAGCCGCUCAGCAAGGCCUGAGGAGAAGGCCGCCUAUAGGCACGGGAGGAAAACACCCGCGUCCCAUGGUAUAAGUUCAUAUAUGACAGUUUCCGGAACUGUAAUUACGGUACACACCUCCGCAUUGAGA